CUUCCGCUUAGGAACGCAACUUUAAACGGAAUGCAGUGGGAUCUUCAGAUUUGUCGCGAUUGAACUGUUUCUUUAAUAGGCGAGGAUCUCCAAAUAGAGAAUAUGGCAGAGGCUGAUACACCCAGUGACAUAAUUGUUGUUCUUGGCUGCAGGACCAGUGAAGAUGGUACCCCUUCAGAGAUGUUAAAGUCUAGAGUGCAUCGAGCAGCUGAGCUGUACACUUCAUUACAACAAAAAAAUAUUGACUGUCGAGUCGUUGUUACAGGAUAUUGUGCACAAGAUCAGGUUGUGACAGAAGCAAGUGCCAUAGAAAAAUAUGCAGUAGAAAACAAUCUUAUUGAUCCAAAACAUAUAAUCAAGGAGGAACAAGCAAGCAGCACAGCAGAAAAUUCCUAUUACAGUCGCAUUAUUAUAGAUCAGUUUGGUGCCAGUAAUGUCCAUGUUGUCACAACACAGUUGCACAUGGAAAGAGCAAAGAAAUUUUUUGAAAGGCUCUACUCAUCAGAAGUUUACAACAUAAAUUACUAUGAGUGCACACAUGAGAUGAAUGAUGAAGAGAAGAAACAUGUGGAAGACAGAGAAGAAAGUUUAUUUCCCUUAAUAGAUGAGCACAUCAAAAUAAUAAUGCCCAAACUCACACUGCCUGAUGGAAAAAUGAUAGAAAUUCUUCAUUCAUCAUUGGUUCCAACAGAUGUGUUCAAUCAUGGUUUUACAACAAGAUAUGGUGGUGUAUCAACCUACAACACAUUAUCCUCUCUCAACUUGAUGUACAGUGACAAAAGAAGAGAUCCAGACAUCAACGUCCAGGAAAAUCGUCGUAGACUAGCCUUGACUGCAAGAUUUAACCCUGAGAAAUUUCGUGUGGCUAAAUGUGUUCAUGGGGCUGAUGUGUGGGUGAUUGGAGAUCCACAACCAGACAGCUAUGAUGCCUUAGUAACUGAUAACAGGCAGUUCACAUUGGCUGCUCCAGGUGCUGACUGUCCUGUGGUGCUGUUUUGUGAUCCAGUGAAAAAGGUUUGUGGUGCUGCUCACUCUGGGUGGCGUGGAACAUUAGCCAUGAUUGGUGCUGCUGUUGUUGAUGUAAUGUUGACAAGGUUUGAAUGUAAAGUAAAAAAUAUUCAAGUUGCUAUUGGACCCUCAAUUGGCCCUUGCUGCUUCGAAGUUGGGGAGGAAGAGGCUGAAAAAUUUGCUGAGGCAUUCAAUGAUAGUGUUGUGGUGCGAAAGGAUGGUUCACCACGCCCAUUUAUUGAUCUUCGCCUUUCCAUUAGAAUGCAACUUGAGAAAAAAGGAGUGCUUCCAAAGAACAUUGAUGAUAAUACAAGAGCAACUGAUGAUGCCUCAAAAUCUCAGCACCCAACUCAAUGUACACGUUGUGACCCCCAGCAAAGAUUCUUCUCAUUCCGACGAGAUGGUAGCCAGUAUGGAACACAAGUUGCUUUUAUCAGCCUCAGAGAAUCAGAUGAUUCUGCCUGUAACAUUUUAUAAUUUACUUGAUCAAUUGAUGAACUGGGUGGGAAUUUUUGCCACAUUAAAACUAUUGUAAAAAUUGGAUAGUGCAUAUGAGAGGUCAAAUAUAAGGAAAAAAAGGAAAGCAUGAAUUCUUUUUUUUUAAUUAGUGUGUGCAUUUAAUAAAUUGUAGUUGUCAUAUUCUGCUGUCAGAAUACAGCCAACUCAUGAAUGAAAGCUCCCAAGGAGUCUUGGACAAUUAACCCCCUUAUUCACAACCCUAAAUAUAUCAUUAAGACAAAGGGGGUAUUUACCUCUUCACGAUACUCUACUCUGCUUUACCUUAUGUAAUUUUUUUUUCCUUUCAUUCUAAAACUGGUAUGUACAUUUAACCCUUUAACUCCCAUGAGUGACCAAGACAGAAUUUCUCCUUACUAUAUCAUUACAAUAUCAACCAGAUAAGUGGUGAGAAUAAAGAAAAUAUCAAUUUGGGGAUAAUUAGUAGAUCCAAUGCUAAAUUCUCUGAACUAACAUUACAAGAAUCGUAUGGUUGACAGUUAGGAGAAUUACAAAUUUGAUCUGGGAGUUAAAGGGUUAAUAGCCAUAAAAUCACUCAAUUAAGUCUCUGACUCUUACAUAAUGUGUUCCAGCCAUAAUUAAAUCAUGUGCUUGGCUCUUGGCACAUUCUUUCAUCAGAAAGAAUCAUAGAAAAAGCAAACACUGCAUUGCUACACCUAUAAUUAAGUAACUGUAUUCCAUAUUCAUCUCGCAUAUAAAGCCAGUGUGUGAGUUGUUGGCUGUAAAAUCACUCACUUCUGUUUCUCACCUCUUUGUAAUGUAUCCCAGCUAAAUCACAAGCAUAUUCCAGGCUGCCUAGUACACUUUUAUACUGGAGUUUGGCUAUACAGUAAUUGAAAUUUUAAGAAUGCUUCACUGGAAAGAGUAAAUGAAAGGAAGUAAUUAAAUUUUUUAUAAUCAAUUUAGAAGCAAAUUCUUUACAGGUGUAUUGUUGGAGUAUGUUAUUUUUAUGGAAUGCAGAUUGCUUAAUUUUCUGCACUAAUUUUUGUUUCCUACAACUAUUUUUAAAUGAAGCGUAAUUUAAGGGCAGAGUACUUCAAUAAAGUUAUUGUAGUUUGGA